AACAAUGAUCAAGUUUAAUGCUCUAGUAGACGUAUGUUAUCAACUUCUAAAAACUGAAUAUGGAUAUAAUGAUAAUAAUAAGAGAAAAAUAUCAUCAUCACCAUCAUCUUCAUCAAGUGAUCAAUUAGGUAUUGAUCAUAAUAAGAGAGAAAUAUCAUCAUCAUCAUCAUCAUCAAGUGAUCAUCAUAAGAGUAACAAGAAACCAAGGAAGAUUAAAAUACCAAGUAAUGCAGUUACAAGAUCGAAUCCUCGAGGUGUGGUUGCAGGGCCAAAUCCACCACCGCCGCUAUCUCUUGAGUUAAUCGCGGCGAUUAAUGGUAGUGUUGGUCGAGAACAACAAACGCCUCUUCUACUUAUUUAUCAGAAAAAACUUUUUGAGAGUGAUCUUAAAAAACAAGCUAAUAGACUCUCAAUGCCGGUGAAUCAGAUUGUAUCUGAUGAUUUUUUAAAUGAAGAAGAGAAAGAGAAAGUACAACCCAAAACUAAAGGUUUAAUUGUUCGUGUUAUUGAACCAAAUUUACAACAAACAACUCUUGUCUUUAAGCAAUGGACAUACCCAAAGAAGAAUAAAUCAACUUCUCCUGUAUCGUAUGUCUUUAACAAAAAUUGGUUUAGUAUUGUUGACAAUAAUGGACUAAAACCAAAUCAUAUUCUUCAAGUUUGGUUUUUUAGAGAUAUUGAUAGAAACCCAUGUUUUGCUUUCGUCAACUUAGGGUUUUGUUAGUUUAUAAUCAUUAAUCUUUUAUUGUUUUUAGUAUACUAUAUUAACUACUAAUUAGGCGAUUAAUAAAGUUUUAUUCAACUUAUUAUUAUUAUUAUUGUUAUUAUUGUUAUUGAUCAAAAAGGAAAAACGUAUUAAUCACAAACUCCUUUACAACCAAAUUACGAAUUCGAAAUCUAAGAAAAAGGCUAACCGACUCCCUAGCUAAUA